AUGCUGCAAUUCGGGAAAUCUGUUAUAAGGAUACUGCAUGGGCUGGUGGAAUGUUUCUUUCAUUGUGUUUUCAAGCUAGUUUAUUGUGGCUCUGGCCAGAAAAUGCCACCGAUUAAAGACCUCCUAUUGCUGGAAUCGGCCACUUCCAUAGCGCACAAAAUCAGGACCAAAAAAAUCACAAGCCUCCAAGUGCUCGAGUCGUUCAUCGCUCGCAUACACGAAGUGAAUCCAAUUUUAAAUUGCGUGGUGGCCGAGCGGUUUGAGGAGGCGCGCAAGGAGGCUCGGGCUGUUGAUGACCUGAUCAAGUCGGGGGCGAUCCCCGAGGAGACCCUCGCGAGGGAGAAGCCCUUCCUGGGGGUGCCCUUCACGACCAAAGACUGCAUCGCAGUAAAGGGAAUGAUUCACACUUCCGGAUUGGCCAAGCGGCGGAAUUGCAUUGCUGAGGAAGAUGCCGAUGCUAUUGCCUGUCUCAAGAGCGCUGGGGCUUUUCCCAUUGCCUUGACCAACGUUUCGGAGCUUUGCAUGUGGUGGGAGAGCGCCAACACGAUCCACGGCCGCUCGAACAACCCCUACGACACCAACCACAUCGUGGGGGGCUCGUCGGGGGGCGAAGGCUGCCUCCAGGGGGCUGCCGGUUCAGCCUUCGGCAUCGGCUCCGACAUCGGAGGCUCAAUCCGCAUGCCUUCGUUUUUCAACGGAAUUUUCGGCCACAAACCCUCCAAAUUCAUAGUCUCAAACAACGGCCAGUACCCAGCCCCCAUAACCACCGAACAGACCAGUUUCCUGGGCAUUGGCCCCAUGUGUCGCCGGGCUGAGGACCUCCUCCCCCUCCUCAAAAUAAUCGCCGGGAAAAACGCAAACGAACUCAAACUGGACGAACCAGUUGAUGUGAAAAAAUUGAAAUUUUACUAUCAGGAGACGGAUGGGGGCUCAGUGGGCGUCUCGCCCGUUAAUCACGAGAUUCGGCAACUUUUCACGAAGAUUGCGCUGCAUUUGGAGAAGGCACAUGCCAUUAAGGCCAAGAAAGUCGCCCUUGAGCGCUUCAGGAAAAGUGCCCCCAUUUGGUUCGCCAAUAUGAAGAGCCCCAACGGGCCCUCGUUCCAGGAACAGUUGGCUAAUUUGCAAGGGUCGAUCAACCCGUAUUGGGAGUUGGUUAAGUGGGUUUUUCGCCGGUCAGAUCACACGUUUAUCGGCAUUGUCACGGCUUUGGCCGAUAAAGGGGGCUGCAAGUACGGGGAUGAUAAGCACACUUAUCUGGUGGAGGAGCGCGGGAGGCUGCGUCGGGAGAUGGAGGAGCUCCUGGGGGAUGACGGGGUGUUCCUGUACCCCACGCAUCCCACGGCAGCCCCCUUCCACAACGAGCCCCUGAUCAAGCCGUUCAAUUUCAGCUACACUGCCAUCAUUAAUGUUUUGGGGUUCCCGGCGACCAACAUCCCCAUGGGGCUGAAUGGGGAGGGGCUGCCCAUCGGGGUUCAAGUGGUGGCGAAUACGAAAAAUGAUAGAUUGUGUCUGGCGGUGGCUAGGGAGUUGGAGAAGGCGUUCGGGGGCUGGGUGCCCCCUGAAGUGGACGCUUAAAUGCCUUAGUGAUAGCACAGUAUUCGGACUGAGAGAGCCAAGCUCAAAGUACCAACCCUUUUAUAGAACUACCUAUAUUUUAUAAAUGUUUACACGGUUGAUGUGUCUGUAUCACGUUCUAUUUUAAUCAUUUGUACUAUUUACAAUGAGAUUAUUUUUAUAACUCAAUGUUGAAUUUUAUAAUAAAAUCUCUCUCCUGUU